UCCGAAGACAUCUACGGAGAAAAAUGGGAUCGCUGCCUGUCAGAGUCCGCUAUUAAAAUUGGAAGACCAUGGCCUGUUGUUUUUGGAUCAGGAAUUGGGAUAGGGAUUGGAUAUGCUAAUUGUCAGCAUGACUUCAUUCAUCCUAACUUGGUGCAUGGGAGA